AUGUCCAUGUCUAUCCAGAAUAGGACCGUAGAGUUUCAUCAAUGUGUAAAUACAUACGAAAAGAUUAAUAGAAAACAACAACAUCAAAGCAAUGCCAGAAUAAAGCCUCAAGCGCAGGACCAGCCACAUAAAAAGUCCCAUUUCGGUCAACAAGCUAGUAUUAUUGCCAAAGAUAUAUCACAUGUUACUGAGCUUUUAAGUAAGUUAGCAUUAUUGGCUAAAAGGAAGCCAAUAUUUGAUGAUAAACCCAUUGAGAUUGGUGAAUUGACAUAUGUUAUCAAGCAAGAUAUUUUCAAGAUUGAAACUAGUAUUCAAAAUUUACAAAAAUACAUGAAGGGUGAAUCGUCAAUAACUGUUGACUCUCAAACUAGUCAAUUCAGCAAAAAUGUGCUUACGUUGUUGAAUUCAAAGAUGAAGAAUGUUUCAGGAGAGUUUAAAAAUGUAUUGGAGAUUAGACAAAAGAAUGAAAUAAUGAACAAGAAUAGGCAAGAAAAUUUCCUAUCUUCGGUGUCUAAUAGUCGAAGGUUGAAUAGUGCGUCACCAUUGAAUGUGGAUAGAAGUGAGCCAACCAAUGACUCCUUGAGUAACUUGAAUGAGAAUCCAUUUUUGCUAGGCAGUACGCCACAAUCCACACCCAACAAUAAUAAACUAUCUGCGGCCGACCCUGAGAUUACGUCUCCUUAUGACAAUGGGCAAUACUUGUCCCUACCUGACCAACAACAACAACAAAUGCUUUUAAUGGAGGAACAAAAUUCGGGGCAACAAUAUUUACAACUGAGAAAUAGAGCAGUGGAAAGUAUAGAAAGUACAAUUAACGAAGUUGGGAACUUGUUUCAACAAUUGGCUACCAUGGUUAGUGAACAGGGAGAACAAAUUCAGAGGAUUGAUGCCAAUGUUGAAGAUAUAAAUUUGAAUAUAACUGGUGCCCAACGAGAAUUGUUGAAAUAUUAUGCACACAUUACAAGCAAUAGAUGGUUGUUUUUGAAAAUUUUUGGAGUGUUGAUUAUAUUCUUCUUCUUGUGGGUAUUGGUUAGUUGA